AUGGCAGCAAAAAACGAAAAUGGUGCUUGCGAUCUUCCAGAGGAAAUUUGGUUCCAUGCGAUUUCAUACCUAACAGCUGUUCAAGAUAUUCUCCAUCUAGGAUCUACAUGUGAAAGGCUCUACGAAUUAACAAACGAAAACAUUAUUUGGCGAAGGCGUCUUAAAGCUGACAAUCGCCAUCUGUUGCUCCUCCCUCGAACUUCUACAUCAUAUACUGGCUAUACUGUCAAUCGUGCUUAUAUCGCUAGCUGCAGUAGUGACAACAAUGAAGUUUUAGAAGAUGAACCGGGUAUCUGGAAAAAGCUUUAUCUAAAGGCAAGUCAUGCUAUGUCAUUUGGAAAUAGGCACUACAGGGGUUUCUCAAGUCUUGCUGGAGAAAGAUUGUGUGCUGAGUUUGUGGUAAAUCCCAGUGCAACUAGGGUUAAUGGCAUUCGAUUUGAUGACCAGGCCCCAGUGAAACAGAGCGUAGAAAUGUGGGUAAAGCUAAAUAAGAAGAAACCUGAUGGAAUCAUUAUAGGAUGCCAGAGCGAAUCAGUAAGGUAUAGCCCUGAGUAGCUCUGUGAUCAUCCACAUUUUCCCUACGUUAAAUUUAAAAUAGAGCAACUACAGAAUCUGACAUCACUGAAGCGUAAGCAUAAUGUUAGUGUUUUAAGUCGUGUUUUAUGACACUUCUAUACUAUUCUUGAGCAAUCCUGUAAAAAUUCAUUUAGUUUCAAUUGGUUUAGUUUCCUUAUUAAGGUACUCCUAUGAACCAUAUUGAGAAAACAUUACCACAUAUUGGACUGAUUAUCACUACCAACCACUUGUAGAAGAAAAACAAAGAAAAGCGAGCAUGUGGACUAUAAGGUGCAACCAUACGAGUUAGAAUAAGAUUUGAGACACAAAUCUCCAAUUCAAUGAGGAGCUAUCAUUGGAAGGAGGCAAUCCCCUAUAACACUAACAAGGGUGUUUAUCUUACUUUUCAUGGAGGAAGCUUAAUGGUUGUUUGUCGAUUCGUAUCACUUAGAGACGGGUUAUUGGGGCCUAUUGGAACCCAGAAAACUGGAAAAAAAUAAAAUCAUCCAGUAAUGUGAAAAAGACAGGGUAAAUCUGCAAACCACACAAAAAGACCGAAACAAUUCUUCUUUUCAUGAAUUUUCCUUAAAACCGGAAACCACCAAUAACGGCAUUGGUAUUGGUUAGAAACUGAAAGCUAAUGUUAAAAAAAGAAUACUGCAAAAGGCUCAAAAGUGAAAAGCCAAAGAUUUUUUUACGUGAAAUGACAGAAACCAAUGACAAAAAUGGCUUUUAGUUUGUCCACAGACACCAGAAAUUGUUGCCCCUCUCCUGAGUCUCCUGCAUGUGCUAAAAUUACAAAAAUCAUAGUCAGAAUUAACACAAGUACAUGAAAAUUUUGCUGUUAGCUUAAAAAUGUGUGCAGUUUUGGAUGUUAUAAUCUGCUUAUAUAAUUAGACAAAUAUGCCCCUGGCAAUUUUUGUUAUUUCUUCGUUGAAAACAGUUUUCUUUGUUGUUUGUUGGUAAGCUCUAACAGGUGGCCUCAGUAUCAUUGGCAGAUACUCCACGUAGGCCCUGAUGGCUGCAUUAGAGGCUCCUUAGAACCUUAUAAGGUCAUGAAAGGGCCUUGCAUUAAUGAUGGACUGUGGCAUCAUGUUGCAUUAUCAGCAUCUCCUGAUCGGCAGUGCAUGUUUGUAGAUGGACAUGUUGCAUGUUCUAUAAACGUUGGAAUUGGACACGGACUUCACAGGUGUGUCUAUUAACAAUGUUCAUUAUUAUUAUGACUAAGCUAAGAGCGACGGAUAGGAGAAUUAAUUUAUUAAGGCAAUAAUUGUGACAAACACAAGCAAAUUUGAAAUGUUGCCCUGGCAGAAAAAUAGUAUGUUGCAAACAUACACCAGCAAGUUACCAAGGUAGUUUUGUUGUGGGUAAAAAACAGUCACAACCAUUUAUAACAGUCCCUUAUUUUUUUGUCUUUACUUGGUCUUAUGGGGUCAUUUUGGGUCUCCUGACAUAUAAACAUACUGAUUUGAGUGCAACAUUGAGGCACUUAUUCUGCCUUCAUUUUCAUCAUCUUCACCAUCAUCCAUCAUCUGCACUUCUGAAAGAACUUAAGGUGUCCUCUAACUGCUCCCCAGUAAGCUCAGUUGGGAGAGUGCCUGACUACUGAGCAGGAGGUUGUGAGUUCAAACACUGGCCGGACCAACAACCAGGGUCUUAAAGAAGCUGGUAAGAUCAUGGUGGCUGUGAUUUAAGAACCUGUCUCAGUUGAGAUGAUCUUGUCAUUGGGCGGUGAUAUUUAGCCAUUGGUGUUCUCUCCUUCAUCCUUUUUUCAUUGGUCAAAUUGAAGGGGAUGUAAAAAAACCCACACUACUGUUUGGAAAUAGCAGGGGAUGUAUCCCCAGUGGUGUGUUUUACCUUGCACACUUCAUUCAUAUCAUGGGCAGGGUGAGUUACAGUAAGCUUAUAAAUGGACCGAUAGUGGCUGCCAGUAGCACCCUUAUAUGCUGGUAUCCGAGCAUACCUUUAACAUGUUAAAAUGUGAUGUAAAGAGGACAAUCUGUUGUCCUCUCAUCCACAACAUUUUAGUGUUUUGCCUCAAAUCAUGCAAGUCCUCUUUCCUCAAGUUCUAACAUCCUUGUGUACUUUCAAGAGUUUUGAGGUCUCUCUCUGUUACACUUCCCCUGCAGUUAACAGUUAAGAGCUGUCAUGGGUACUAUUCCAUCUUAUUUCCUCAGUUUGUAGCUGAUCCAUCUCCACGUUCAUCCUUAUGUCUCCUCCUCUAUCGGCUUCUGUACUGCCUGUUUCCACAGCUCUUCAUUUCGGGUAAUCAACAAAACCCAGAUCUUCUAAGGUUGUCAUGAUGGCCAUUGGAUAGCACGUCUCCUUACAAAGGCCAUUCUUACCCAAUCCAGAGUAGCCAGAAUGGGUAACAGCAGCCAACAUUGUCUGACCCCCGUUCUCACGCUCAUCUCUGUUGACCUAUGACGAUUAUGCACAACCUACGUGGAAAAACUUUCAUACAGAGCUCUACUAAUGGUGACUAUCUCGGCUUGAAUGCCACACUGCCACGACUUCAGAGUCACAACAACGCUCUUCUGACACUGUCAAUGGCCUUUCGAAGUCUAUUAAGUUGAUGUAUAAAGGGGACUGCCACACGAUACUUUGUUCUACAGUAAUUCUUAAUGUUGCUAUCUGGUCCAUACAGUCCUGAUCAGCUCAAGAACCCGCCUGCUGCACACUCAGCUGCUUGUCUGGUGCCAUUUUAAUGCGUUCAAAAGCGGAGUGCCACGCUAGUCUAACAGUGGCUCAGUUCGCCUUUCUUUGGUGGAUUGAUUAACAAACCCUUCCUCCCUUCAUCCAACACCUUCUCCUCGUGCCAUAUCUGGUUACAAAGAUCUAAAAGAACCAGUUUCCCUUUCCUCUGGUAUCAUAUUGUUACAGCCUGCUGGCUUCAGUCUCGUUCUUAAGCUUCUUUAUAACAUCUGUUGAUGAAUCGCUUCCUCUAUCAUGUAUUGAGCAAUACUCCCACUUAAUUUCUCACUGGGUUACAAGUGUUCUAGAAUCUUCCACUCAAACCUCCUGUUUAUCCCGGACAAAGGCUUCACAUCACUCCUCAUCACUCCCUCCUUCCAUCCACCUCAGCUCGCUCUACCUCCUACUCUACAUAUACCCUCUUGUGUUUUUUACAUUUUCUCCUGCCGAGUUUUUGGGACUCGCAAUUCUCCUGAGUUCUUGUCUUAGGCAAUACAAUGUUUGCAGCAUUUUUUGCUUCCUUUCGGUACUCAAUCUCCCAAGUGUUGUUUAUACUGACUCACUACUUUCUGUUCGAUCGCGCAUUCCCCAGCACCUCUUCGCAUGCCUCCUGGUAACCUUUUUUGAUCUGUCUCCACUUGUUUUAUCCACUAAAGGUUCUUCUUCUUAAUGUUGCAGACACUCAAAUCUAUUUUGCAGCCUCAGCGUAAAAGUGUCUUUUGUCUCUAAGAAGACCCUUAGCCUGUUAACCUCAAAAUGUACUCAGCAACUCCUAUAUCCUUCUUUAUUCUGGAAAACUUUGUCCUCACCUUUGCCAUAAACAGGCGAUGAACUGACCCAACAUCAAUACCACACAUGAUGCAAAUAUUCUGCGAUGAGCUCCUGGUCAUAUCUAGCUGAUGUUCAGUACUACCAGCUGGUGAAAUCCAUGUCCGACGAUUCCUUUGUCGGCAUUGCGUUCCACCUCUUACUAGCUCAUCAACUUGAAAAAAAUCAGCCCACCUCCCACCAUUUCCAUUCAUUUCAGCCCUUAAUCCAUGUCUAACUAUCAACUUCUGUCUGCCGUUGGUGUCCACGCCAACCUUAGCAUUCAUGUCUCCCAUUACAAUCUUAUUAUAUCUGCGUAGCCCUUGCUUAGACACUGCCUACAACACUUCAUAAAAGUCGAACUUUACCUCCUUUGUUGCCUCGUUUGUAGAGACAUGGCACUAUUUGACCGUGAGCUCCCCUGCUACCACCUUGAGUUGACCUGGCCCUGAUGGUCCUCUCAGACACCAGCUCCCAUUCUAAUAGACGUUGCGCACCAUCUUUUGAAAGAACUAAACUAACUAACCCCUCUCUCAUGAUAUUCACCUUUAUCCAGUCCAGAGCACGGCACAGUUUCUCCAAUGGCCGUCAUCAUCUUCCCACAAAAGUUCCAUUUCACUUCACUCACCUCUGGGAUGCUGAUUGCAUGUUUCUUUUUUUCAUUAACCACCUGGACGCACUUCCCCCUUCGAACAUUUUCCCGCUUCGUGACGAGCACCUUUGGCGACAGCAAUUUCAUUGACAGUUAUAAGGCAUUAUUCUUCUUCCCUUCGCAUAAUGAUUGGAUCGUUCGUUGUCGUCUUUUUGCUCUGCUUCCCCGUAGUAGUGCACAGUAACAAUGGGAACAAUCCGUUAGCCCACCACCUAACACCAACCUGAAGGAACAGGUUGGUUGGAGUAAAAUACUCAAGCUGACAAAGCUGUCAGGGUCGUUAAUCCGCACAAACUAUCUCACCGGUGUAGUGAAAUGAUCCCAUCUCGAUAGACUUCACCGUUAUUAGGUUUGAUUAAGUUAGCAGACUAAUCCAAGAACAUUUAGCACAUGAAAACAGACGACGGGCAUGUAACAAAGACUAAACUAUUAGUGUUUUGCCCAGUCCAUACUUUGCUUCUGGAGAAACUCUCGUAUACAAAGCGUCAGUAUAAAAGAGGGCGCAAAAGGGUUUGAGGGAAUGUGAUUUUACUAAAAUUUUUAUUUUGAUGUCACGUAUUGUGGUUUAUGGGACUAAGCAGUUUGCGGUUUUUAUAAUUUGGUUGCGGCAUUGUUUGGUUUUCAGAUAAAGUAAGUGCGGGCCUCCAAGCAGUUUAGUCUGGGGUAGGGUAUUAUAAUCGGCGUUUUGGACUUUCAUUUCCUGCAAAACGUAUUAGGGAUACUUGGUCUAGAGAUAGAAAUUAACUGAAGUCCACCCAUUUGUCUCUCAGAUAUUACAUGAAGCAUAGUCAGAUUGGUAAUGGAGUUAUCAGCAAUGGGGUAUGCACACCUUGGGGAGAUGAUGCCAUGCCUCAUGGGCAUUGUGGAUGGUAUCCCUUUCAUGGCUUGGUAAGAUUUAUAUUGUUCAGCCAUUUUUGAGUGCCACCUAAAACGAAAGCUAUGACAUUCAGUUAUGAGAGUCGGUCAUUUUCAAAUGGUGAAACCACCUUUACUUAAUUAAAGCAAACACCCUGUGUAUAGCACUUUUUGUGUCUUUGUAUGGAGAGCCCCAGUCUGCACAAAAUGUUGACAAAAUAACCUUUAGCAUUAUUAUGGUCUAAAUCUGAUAACAGAGAGGGAAAAUGCAUUUGUUAUGUUUUCACGUUGAUUUGCUCACCAAUUUAUUGCCAUUAGCGAUAACUUUAAGACAGUGCGUUUGGUUUUUAAUGUUUAGGUAAGGGAAGUACGCAUCUGGUCAUGCGCGUUGACCCAAACUGAAGUGCGUCAAAACAUGUAUUUACAGAGAAUUGACCUCGCUCAACAAAUUGACAAGAGUACGCUGAUAGGUUACUGGCCAAUGAACAGACUCAUGUCGGGCCCAUGGCCCUGGCAAGGGUCAUUAGUAUCGUGUACCUCGCACUUAGAGGAACACAGAGAGAACAGUGUACAUUUAAGGAUUGUGUUCUCCAGUUUACCCUGA